AUGGCUGGCCUGUCGUUUGAUAAUUACCAGAGGAAUGCGUUCCUAGCUUCGAAGACUCAUUCUAACCUGCCCAAGGCGACUUCCACGGGUACCACCAUUGUCGGUGUGAAGUUCCACAAUGGGGUGGUCAUUGCUGCCGAUACACGUUCCACACAGGGCCCCAUAGUGGCGGACAAGAACUGUGCGAAGUUGCACAGGAUUUCCCCACGGAUAUGGUGUGCUGGGGCCGGUACCGCUGCGGACACGGAGGCUGUGACGCAGUUGAUCGGGUCCAACGUCGAGUUGCACUCGUUGUACGCGAAGAGACAACCCCGUGUGGUGACCGCGUUGCAGAUGCUGAAGCAGCAUUUGUUCAAGUACCAGGGCCAUAUCGGUGCGUACUUGAUCGUGGCAGGGACGGACCCAACGGGGGCACACCUGUUUUCCGUGCAAGCGCACGGUUCCACAGACGUUGGUUUCUACCUGUCCCUAGGGUCUGGGUCCCUUGCGGCAAUGGCUGUGUUGGAGUCCAACUGGAAGGAGGAUCUGUCGAAGGAGGAGGCGAUCAAACUCGCCUCAGACGCUAUCCAGGCCGGUAUUUGGAACGAUCUUGGGUCCGGUUCCAACGUGGACCUCUGUGUCAUGGAAACGGGUAAAGACGCAGAAUACUUGAGAAACUACAUAACGCCAAACGUCAGAGAGGCCAAGCAGAAGAGUUACAAGUUUGAAAGAGGCACCACCGCCGUCCUCAAGGAGAAAAUCAUCGAUAUCUGCGAAGUCGAAGAAGAACAGGUCCUCGUUGUUUAA